AUGGCCGCCCUAACCGGGCUAGCCGUCGACCAGCCUAAGCGCGACGCAGUCGCUGCAAGUGCCGGCAUGGUGGCGCUGCCCAAGGAAAAGGUGCUGCUUGAAUUGUUUGUGAUGAGCAAGUGCCCGGACGCCAGCUACUGCGAGCACUACCUGCAGGAAACCGUUGAGAAGCUGAGCGACAUCGUGCACGUACGCACAGAGUACAUCAUGCAGGUCGACAACAAGGGCGGCAUCACCUGCAAGCACGGCGACGAGGAGUGCGCCGGCAACCUCGUGCAGCUGUGCGUCGGCCGCCACACACCCCCAGAUCACAAUUUCGACUGGUUUUACAGGUUCCUGACCUGCUCCUGGGACAGCGGGCUGCCGGUAUCCAGUCCUGAGCUGGUCACUACCUGCCUUGAUAAGGUCGGGGCGUCGGACGCUGCACGCACCGCAGUCCAGCGCUGCAUCGCCGGCCCCCAGGGCCGCGGGCUCCUGUACGCGAGCGCGGCGGUGGUGGCCAGGCGGGGCGUGGUGCACAGCUGCACCGUCGCGGUCGACAAGCGGCAGCGCUGCGUGCGCGAUGGCGGCGAGUGGUAUGACUGCCCAGGCGGAAGCGAUGUGGCUGAUUUUGAGCGCUCCAUCUGUGACGCCUACAAGAAGAGGACCGGCAAGGACGCGGACGCGUGCGGGGAGCAGCGGCGCGAGGGCGAGGAGAAGCAGCCACGCACAGCCUGA